ACUUUAAAAGAAGCUAAAGAGAGAGAAAAGCUCAUUACAUUAAGAAUGGCAUGGAUAUUUUAAACCUCCAUAAUCUUACUAGAGAGUAAUUGUUCUAUGAUAGCAAUGCAGAAGUUAUUAGGAACAUAGGAAGAUCAGCUCAAGAUCGACAUUAUUUAGGGUGUCUUUGUGAAGUGUAAUUUUUAAUGCUUUGUACUAAUACUUUUCUCUAGUAAACUAUUAUUUUUCUCCAUUUUGAGCUAGAUAUUCAUCCUCAAUGGCCUUUCUGGAUCUCCUGAAUCAAGUUGGGAACCUAGGGAGAUUCCAGAUACUUCAGAUAGUUUUUCUUUUCCUCCUCAAUGCCAUUGUGACACCUCAUAUUAUAAUGGAGAACUUUACUGCAGCUGUUCCUAGUCAUCGCUGCUGGGUACACAUCCUUGACAAUGACACUGUCCCUGAUAAUGACAGUAGUAGAAUCCUGAGCCAAGAUGACCUCCUGAGGAUCUCGAUCCCCUUGGACUCCAACCUGAGACUGGAUAAGUGUCGUCGUUUUGCCCAACCACAGUGGCAUCUUCUUCAUUUAAAUGGCACUUUCUCCAGCACAACAGAUGCAGACACUGAGCCCUGUGUAGAUGGCUGGGUGUAUAACAGGAGCAACUUCCUAUCUACAACUGUGACCGAGUGGGACCUGGUAUGUGAAUCUCAGGCCCUUCAUUCUGUUGCUAAAUUUUUAUACAUGAUUGGCCUAUUUAUAGGAGAUAUCAUAUAUGGCCAUCUUUCAGACAGGUGGCUGUCAGAGUCAGCUCGGUGGCUGAUUGUGACCAACAAACCCCAGAAAGCCACAAAGGAACUUAGAAAAGUUGCACACAUAAAUGGAAUGAAAAAUUCUGGAGACACGCUAACUAUGGAGGUUGUGAGAACAAGUAUGAAGAAGGAACUUGAGGCAGCAAAGACAAAACCUUCUCCAAAAGACUUGUUCUACACACCCAUCCUACGUAAGCGGAUAUGUCUCCUGUCCUUUGUGAGAUUUCUAGCAACAUUAUCAGGAUCCGGCCUGGGAUUUCAUCUCCAACACCUGAGUCCUAAUAUUGUCCUAUUGCAGUUUCUCUUUGGUGCAGUGGCCAUACCAGCCAGUGUUAUUGGACAUUUUGUACUUAAUAACAUGGGUCGUAGAAUAGGCCAACAGGUUAUUCUGUCCUUGAGGGGAAUCUGUAUUCUCACUGCCAUAUUUGUACCUGAAGAAAUGCAGACUGUGCGUAUUAGUAUGGCCACAUUGGGAGGAGCAGUUUCUUAUCUAUGUGUUGCGAGUAAUCGUCUACAUGCAAAUGAGCUACUUCCCACCUCAUUAAGGUCAACAGCUAUAGGAACCAUUGGGGUAAUUAGUAAUACUGGAUUAUUCCUGGCUCCACUAUUUAUGAUGCUAGUAGCAUACUCUGCCUCCUUGCCCUGGAUCAUCUAUGGAAGCUGCUCUAUCCUCUCUGCGUUUAUUGUGUUUCUCCUUCCUGAAACCAAGAAUCAGCCUCUUCCUGAAUCCAUCCAUGAUGUGAGAUAUGAGUGGGAAAACUCAAGACAAGCAAAGAAGGAAGAUCUCAUCAUCAAAGUCACAAAGUUUUAAGGAACACGUGGAAUUGGCAACUGAUCAAAGAGCUAUUGAAAAAACGUUUUUUCAAGACAUGGUGAAAAAUUUCCCAAGAUGAUUACUUAGGAUUAUUGAUAUUAGCUAACUUUUAAAUAAAUAAACAUAAAAUAUAAAGCAUGAAUCACAUUGAAAUUACUACAAUAAAUUACUAUUUACCAAACACCCAUGAUCAAUCACAUAAUUGAUUUGAAGUAACAUAGUACAUCAAAAGCGAUCUUUCUUGAUUAUUUUUGUAAUAUUGUAUAGCUACCAAGUUUUUGUUUGGCAUGUAUAUUAGCCUUCUUUCCACUGCUGUGAUGAAAUAUCUGAGAAAAAUUAAAGGAGCAAAACUUUAUUCUUUUUCCAAUUCCA